UAUUGUAUGGAUCCAUCCACUCAUCACUUAAUAAUUGCUCUUCUCUCUCCAUUCUCUAACCACCACCACCACCGGCUUGUGUCCGUCUUUCGUCGUUUCUGAACCAUAUUAAAAAUCAUAAAUCACAAUUCACAACACAAAACAAACCUUCUUCUCUCUCUCUGGGAAUUGAACUUAAUUAGAAUGCCGGCUUGGUGGAAUAGAAAGUGGAGCAAGAGCAAGGAGGAGCAGGAGCAGCCGGAGGAGGAGGAUGAGGAGGAAGAGCCACGUGCCGCUUUUCAGCUGAAUUUCAUGAGCGGUGAGCGGGACAAGAACAAGGGUAGGAGUUGUAGUAAGAAGAAGACCAAGAGCUUCGACGACAAGGUCAAAGGGGUUCCGUUACCACUUCCCUCGCAUAGUCUCAGCGAUCCAGUUCAAUCAUUUGGAUCUGUUUCGGUGUCCGGUGGUUCCAGCGUCAGCUCCUCCACCUCCUACGACGAUCAUCCAAUUUCGCCUCCCAACACCAACAGAGGACGAGAGGAGGUGAGGUUCAAUGUGAGGACAAAAAGUCCGGGUCCUGGGUCAAGAGGACCUACCAGUCCUACCUCACCGCUUCAUCAAAGGUUGCAUGCUUUGAGCCUUGACUCUCCCACGGGGAGUGAGUGUCAUCCAUUACCUCUUCCACCUGGCUCUCCAACUAGUCCUUCUUCUGUGCUUCCCAACGCUAGAGCAAAUGGACAUUUGGAAAAUGCUACCAGCAAUGUGUCCAAAUGGAGAAAAGGAAAGCUUCUAGGACGGGGAACAUUUGGGCAUGUUUAUCUGGGAUUCAAUAGUGAAAAUGGACAAAUGUGUGCAAUAAAAGAAGUCAAGGUUGUCUUUGAUGAUCACACAUCAAAAGAGUGCCUCAAACAACUUAACCAGGAGAUAAAUUUGCUAAAUCAGCUUUCACACCCAAAUAUUGUUCAAUACUAUGGGAGUGAACUGGUAGAAGAAUCACUUUCUGUAUAUUUGGAAUAUGUCUCUGGUGGUUCUAUCCAUAAAUUACUUCAGGAGUAUGGUCCAUUUAAGGAGCCUGUUAUUCAAAAUUAUACCAGGCAGAUUGUCUCUGGACUUGCCUAUCUGCAUGGAAGAAAUACAGUACACAGGGAUAUUAAAGGGGCGAACAUACUAGUUGAUCCUAAUGGUGAAAUCAAACUGGCAGACUUUGGAAUGGCUAAACAUAUAAAUUCUUCUGCCUCGAUGCUUUCAUUCAAAGGAAGUCCAUACUGGAUGGCACCUGAGGUUGUAAUGAAUACAAAUGGCUAUAGCCUUCCAGUUGAUAUAUGGAGCUUGGGGUGCACAAUUAUUGAAAUGGCAACAUCAAAACCUCCCUGGAAUCAGUAUGAAGGGGUAGCUGCCAUAUUUAAAAUUGGGAACAGCAAAGAUAUGCCUGAAAUCCCCGAGCAUCUUUCGAAUGAUGCAAAAAAAUUCAUCAAGCUAUGCUUACAAAGAGACCCAUUAGCUCGCCCGACAGCCCAAAAGUUACUAGACCACCCCUUCAUUCGAGAUCAAUCAGCAACAAAAGCUGCAAAUGUCAGCAUAACCAGAGAUGCUUUCCCUUGCAUGUUUGAUGGAAGCCGGACACCGCCUGUGUUAGAGUCCCAUUCCAACCGAACAAGCAUAACUUCUCUUGAUGGAGAUUAUGCAUCAAAGCCAGCUCUUGCAGCACCACGUGCAUUAAGGAGUUCAAGAGAUAACACAAGAAUCAUCACAUCUUUACCAGUAUCUCCCUCUUCAAGUCCAUUGCGAAGGUAUGAGCCAAUGCAUCAGAGCUGUUUUUUUUCUCCUCCUCAUCCAGCUUACACCACAAUGGGACAAAGUAGUUACACUUUGAAUGACAGAUCCUCAUAUCCAAUGAGAUCAAAUGCCACGUUUGCUCUUGAUCCUUGGCAUGAAACAUCUCGAUACAGAGCCAAUACACCACCUGGUGGAUCUCCAAGAAUGAGACUCAUUUAAGUUAAGAUUGUAAAUAGCUAUAGAACCAAAAUAUUUCCACAUCUCCCCAGUAUACCUUGUGGUCUUUCCCUGAGGUUGAACUUCAAUUUGGACUCUGAAGCACAAACCAUCCAAAAUAUUCUGCUGGUCCAUUCUUUAUACAAGAGAACCAUAUACACGAGAACCAGAUGACGGAAAAAAUGAUUCUGGCCUAUGCUCUCGGUGCAUUGGAUUGGGGAGACCAUGUUGCUUGUAACAAUUUCUUGAUUAUUGUAAAUGCAAUGUGCUUACUGUGUUUGUAGUAACGUUUAUGUUGUAUAAUGAUAGUUCAUGGCAGAAUAAAAAAAAGUAAUUUUCAUCGCCACUCUUUCCAUUUUGAAUCAGAAAUUCUAUUUGAGAUUAGAUAGGGAAAUCUAUUAGAGCUGGCCUAGAAGCGAGGGGUUAGGAUAGUUUGUACAAGAUUUUGUUACCAUUAUUGUAUACCAAAAGAAAGAUAUUGUACAGGAGCGUGAACAAUUUGGCUGAUUGCAUAAUGGAGUCAGAAGUGUUUGGUCACUUUCA